AUGGAGGAGGAGAAGAAGGAACACCACCCCCACCUACAACCACUCCUCCACCCACCCUCCACCCCCGCCGCAACUCCGCCAGCCGACCACCGGAUUCCCGACAACCUCAACCUCGUCCAGUCGAGCUCGACCAUCGCUUUACGAUUCUCGUUCGUGGCCUUCAUCGGCAUAGUCUCCGUGUGGGCCAACCACGAAGCCUCCAAAGGCUACGCCGUCUCCGUGGUCAACGGGGCCCACGGCACUGUCGCCGGAAAACGGUUCCAACUCUUCUACGCGUCGAACGACGAGGCCGUGCGUGUUCUCGUCAAGACGAGCGACUUCGUCCAAGCCAUUCUCUAUCCCGAUGACGACAAGAAACCCGUCUCGCACGUGGUUUUGGAGUUGACCGGCCACGAUUUGACCGACGACGUCAUCGUCCAACGUCGCGCGGGCACCGGCGAGUUCGUGGUCCGAAUAAGCCGCUCGGUUAUGGAAGGCCCCGAUUACGACCGGGCAGUGGUCCGAGCGGUGCGGAAAGGCGCCGCUCGUGUUUGGAUAUGGGACGGCCGGGGCCGGGCGCCGAUGAAUCUAGUCAACGGCAUUGUCGAGCUUUUGGCGGGAGAAUUGGGCGGGCCGCGGGCCAUGCCGGGCCCGCUUGACUCGGCCGAUGGUGCGUGCUGGACGCGCGAGGACCCGAGGGAGGUGGCGGAGUUCUUGAGGUACUGCGAGGUUCGGGCCGGGCCGGGGUUUGUUGGGAGAUUGAACCGCGCCAUGAAGGACGGUUGGGAGGAUGGAAUGUUGGAAGGCUUGUUAGGACAGCUGUGUAGAGACUAUCAUGAGUCGUUGGGGUACAACGUUUCAAGCGCGUAG